AUGCUGCAGGUCAACAAGGAGAUACCAUCUGCUAUUGAAGAUGUUGAAGAAGGUCUCCCACUUUUAGAGAACCACCAGGACUUGCUUUAUGAUGAGGAGAAUAACAGCACAUACUAUAUGGGCAGGGUGGGUGGUAGACUUGGCCUUGAGGCUGAUAUCUAUGCAGGUGAUGAGCAUUUGCAUCAGCUAGAGAGUCUUGUGCAUGAUGAUGAGUCUGAAACCAUGAGUGGCAUUGAUAAAGACAUUGUUGGACUGGACCAUGAUGGUUUAGUCAUAUGGGAGUUUUCUGACAACUCAGAUGGUGAUGUGGAUGAGAUGGACAAAUGGUGA